UAUCUAUUGUUUUAAUCUUUGUGUACUUUGCCUAAGUAGCUGACGAUUUCUUCCCAACGUUUUCUCUUUACUAUUAUUUAUUCUUGGAAUAGAAAUCGGGCUAUACGAGUUCCGGAACGACGGUAUUCCAUGAUACGAAUCAUUUUAAACUCCGUAUAUGCGUAUCAUUGAAUCUCAGACAAAAAAUGCAAGGGAUCAUGAAAACCGGAAAGCUUAGAUGACAUAAUGGAACUAAAAGUCUGGGUAGAAGGAUUUCAACGUAUUGUGUGCGGGGUUACAGAAACAACAACAUGUCAGGAUGUUGUAUAUGCACUGGCUCAUGCAACCGGGCAGACAGGAAGAUUUACCUUGGUUGAGCGUUGGCGAAACAACGAACGUCUCUUAGCCCCGUAUGAAAAUCCACUCAAGAUUUUGCUGAAAUGGGGAGAAUACUCAUCGGAAGUUCAGUUAAUACUAAGAAGAUCUUCGGAUGGAAACAAACCGCAAGGUACUUUGGGCGCUCGCUGUACCCAAAGAUCUCAUCUAAACGGACUCCCUAGUAGCCACCCUGAAGGCACUUAUUUUAAAGAAGGGAAACUUGGUGGAGCUGCAAUUCAAGAAUGGCAAGAUUUUACACGUAAUCCAAUAGUUUCUAAUUCUCCGGAAGUUGAUGAACCUAAAGGAUUGGAACGUAACCGAGAUAUCAGAACAUCACUCACAUUUGGUGGACUUUGCAGUGCUGUGCCAGAAAAUACUUCAGAGGUUCAAAUGGAAAAUGUUGCCAUAGUUCAGCCUACACAGCAAUUAAAAUCAAAAGAACCUAGUGCACAAAAAGUUCAGCAUAAACCAAGCCAUUCCCCGAACCGAGCAGGUAGCAGUGAAUACAAUGCAACAUACAUACAACAAAGGAAAAUUCGAGAAGUUCCUCCAUACAGGGAUCCACCUGGAUUAGUUUCAGCUUUACCAAGAACGCUCCCGCCUUAUAGAGAGCCACCCCCACCGAAUCUCAGUAGUCCUAGUAGAUCUCAAUUUUCGCCAUUAUCUAGUGGCGGGAGCCCGCAGCUUCAGAAGGACGGUCAAUCUUCUCCGAAUAACUCAACAAAAUUGAAGCGAAAUCUAUUCAAGGAAUUUCAUGAGCAGAAAAGCCAAACACCAGUGAGUAAUCCAGUACCAAGUCAACCACAAAAUAUGAUGACUGUAGCAUAUACUCAACGAUAUGUUGAACUGGUAAGAUUGGUUAACAGACAACGUGACACUAUUAACGCCCAGCAAGCAGAUUUAACUAAGUACGAUGCAGAAAUACUGUAUUUUGAGACUAAAAAUAAAGAACAAGUACAUCAAAUGGAUUACAUAUCACAUGAGGUGAAUCGUUUUGAAUCAACAGGACGUAUGCUCGAAGAACAGUUGAAAGAACUAGCUCAUGUAGAAGAGGAAAGUGAAAUAGUGCGGCAGCAAGAAAAAACUUUAAAGUCCGAAAUAACAUUGCUAAGAUCGAAGCUUGCAAAUUGUGAAACAGAACUGUUGCAGUGCAAAAAUAAAAUUAGACUGGUGAUAGAAGAGCUUGCAUCGGAACAACAUGCGAUGAGUCGUGAGGUAGACGAAAGGAAAAUAAUGGAACGAAAAAUAAUAGGAGAAGUGGAACACUUGCAAUCUGAAGUUGAACUUGCCAAGCGAUCAGCAGAACUUGUUACACAGUGCGCUGAAUCUCUGAAAUUAGAAGUGGCUAGUUUAGAAUCAACUAUUGUCGAGAAAAAGGUACAAGUCGAACGCCUGGUUGCUGAUAUGAAGGAAGCCAACUUACAGAGUCUUGCCGUUGCGUCGCAGGAUGAUCAAAUCAAACAUUUACUUGAAGGUGCACUAAAACCAGGAAGUACGCGGAAAAUGAUCGGAUCCCCGAGACAGCUUGAAACUGCUGUUCCUACCAGUAAAAACCCACAUGGUGUUUGGGUUUAAAAUUUAAACACCGUCUCACAUGCGGCCUAUGUACGUAAUGCAAAUGCAAAUAUUUAAUAAGAGUAUUUCAAUCGGCUGUUGCCAAUAUACAUGAUACAAGUAUACACGGGAGAAAACUCGAUCACAGAGCAAUAACUGAAGUAGCUUUUUCUGAAAAAUUGUCCUCUAUUUCACCAUGCACAACGACUAAGUGUGGAAUCAGUAUGAUCAAAAUAUAUUCUUUUUUAUCAUGUGGCCUAUCUGAUAGAUUUGUAAGUUUAUACACUGUCUAAUAAGUAAAAUAAAAAAAGCUCAUCGUUCGCACUCUGCACAGUUGGUUCAUACUUUUCCACGCGGUAAAACCCGCUAUUAUAGAGUUUGCAGUAGUCGUAUAUGUAUACAUAUGUUUGAAAAAUUUUGUGAAAACAUAUCUCUAUUUUCUAACUCAAUCUCGCAACCAAUUAUAGUCGAGGUAAUAUUCUAAAUAUAUACCUACGUUGCCUACUGAAGAAAUACUUUUUGAUCCUUUAUAGAGCAAUGAAAAAAACAUUACAUUUGUUUGUAAGCCUGAAUGUACAAUUUAAUAAGUGAUUGUUAUUGCGUGGUAGCAUGACAAUACGAUGAUGUAUAGGUCUGUGCAAGUAAUAAAUUAUGUAAUUUCAUUUAAUUAUACACAUAGAAGUUAGGUAAUCAAUCCCAAUAGGUUGAGUAUACAUUAACCGAUAGAGCACCACGGAGUUAAUUAAUCUACAUGACACAUUAUCUUGUAAGAUUCACGAACAAUGUCGAGGUUGAAGCUUUCUGCUUUAGAUGUUAAAAUGUAAUAUCAAUUGAUUCUUAAUUCACAAUUUUGCAAUUUUAAACCAUAUUCUACAUUUCAUUAGAACCUUCAUUACCAGUUCUACUUGAAUAUUUAAAAAUGCAAGACAUAGUCAUUCCUA